GCGCUCAAGCCCUUUGUCAUCAUCUCCUUCUCCUACCUCCUCUUCACCACCACCGAUGGCGCGGUGCGCAUGGUGGUGCUGCUGCACGCCUACUCAAAGGGCUUCUCAGCCAUGCAGGUCGCCAUCAUGUUCAGCUUCUAUGAGCUGGCGGGCGUGGCGACCAACCUGGUGGCGGGGCUGAUGGGAGCCAAGUGGGGCAUCAAGACGACGCUGCUGACGGGGCUGUCGUUGCAGCUCGUGGGCAUAGGCAUGCUGUUUGGCUGGCAGGACAGCUGGAGCAAGACGGAGGUGAUUGUGUAUGUGACCGCAACGCAGCUGAUGUGCGGUAUAGCCAAGGACCUCACCAAGCUGGGAGGAAAGACGGUGACCAAGCUGGUGACGCCAGAGGAGAAGCAGGGGCGCCUGUUCCGCCUGGUCAGCGCCAUCACCGGGUUCAAGAACAGCCUCAAGGGUGCGGGCUACUUCCUGGGCGCGGCCACCGUGGGAGUCAGCUACUACAUGGCGCUGGGCAUCCUGCUCGGCCUCAUCUUUGCCGCCAUGCCCUGGGCCAUCGUGGGACUGUCUAACCAGCUGGGGCGCGCCCGCAAGGAGAACGUCAAGUUCUCCCAGCUGUUUGACAACAAGCCCAACAUCAACAUCCUCUCCCUCUCCCGCGUCUUCCUGUUUGGCGCCCGCGACCUGUGGUUCGAGGUGCCCCUCCCCUUCUUCCUGCGCGACCCCGCCAGCGGCAUCGGCUGGUCCCGCUCCGCCACAGGCGCCUUCCUGGCGGUGUGGAUCAUCGUGUAUGGGCAGAUGCAGUCGUGGACGCCGCAGCUGAUUCUGGGGCCGCUGAAGCAGUCGCCGCCCAACAAGUGGGUGGCGGCCCUGUGGUGCGGCGUGCUGACCGUCGUGCCGCUGUCACUGGGCAUCGUCAUGCUGGCGGGAGACACGUUUGGGCCGGGCGUGCCUCCGGGCCCCGCCAUCGCCGCCAUCACCGUGGUGCUCUAUGCCUUCUGCAUCGUGUUUGCCAUCAACAGCGCCAUCCACUCCUACCUCAUCGUGGCGUACGCCGAGGGAGACAAGGCGAGCGUGGCCCAGACGGUGGGCGUGUACUACGCAUCCAAUGCGGUGGGCAGGCUGACGGGCACCCUGGCCUCGGGCGCCCUGUACAGCUACGUGGGCAGCAGCGUCGUGGACGGCUUUGGCACCUGCCUCAUGGUGUCUGUCACCUUUGCC